CCACCGGAUCGAUGUUCACUCCAAAAUUCCAUUCCCCUUGCAUCAACAACUACCAAUGGUGGCGGUGGUACCUCGACACCUUCAAUCGUCGCUGCAGCAGCAACCGAUACAGCAACCUCGGCGGUGGUGGCAAACGGUGGCACAGCAUCAGUACCACCAACAUGUCUUUUUGGACAAUACAAUUUUGACAGUUCUUCAUCGUCCAGCUGUCGGCCAAUUCGUUCACAGCGAACGCCGAUGCGCGAAAUCACCACUCUUGAUGACCCCAGUGAACUGGAGGAUUUCAUGCAGCAAGGCGAAGAAGCAUGCAUCUUGGACAUGAAAAAAUUCAUCACACAAUUUUCGUUAAGGCAAACAACGGUCGCAAUGAUGACGGGCGUUUCGCAGCCAUACAUAUCAAAGCUGCUCAACGGCAAUCACCGUGAAUUGUCGUUGCGUUGCCGCAAAAAUAUCUAUUCAUGGUACUUGAAUUGCAGGCGACAUCCGGAAAAGCUCUCGUCAUUCCUUGCUGAUCCAUCCACUCGUUUGGAAACAAAUGGUGAUGGCGAGCUGAUUCCUCAGCGUCGUGAGCGGUAUGUGUUUCGUCCGAUUCUAAUCCGAAUCCUGGAAGGAUUCUUUGCCCAGACACCAUUCCCGGAUUUGAAUCGGCGAAUCGAAAUUGCCACUGCUUGCAACCAAGCGCUGCAGAUUGAUAAAAAAGGCGUUGGUUUGAUGCCAAAAGAAGUGGUAUCACCACAAGUUGUUGCGAAUUGGUUUGCCAACAAACGAAAAGAACUACGGCGACGGUCCAACGAUGAAUGCAAUGAAGCCAAUAAUGCAAAUUUGUCACAAGUUGUUAGUUUUCAGUGAUU